GGCGCGCGCACGCCGUCCCCACCACGCGGACACGAGCCCGCCGCCGUCCUCGUCGUUGUAAACGCGGCCUCUCCGGCUGGCCCUGGGGGCGGGGCUGUAAGAGAAAGUACCAAAGCCUGUGAGUGAAGUGAGAAUUCCACUAACAAGGAAAUGGCUGCAUCUUCAUCAUCCUCUUCAGCUGGUGGCGUCAGCGGAAGUUCGGUUGCUGGAUCUGGUUUCAGUGUCUCAGACCUUGGCCCACCACGGAAAGCCCUUUUCACCUACCCCAAAGGCGCUGGAGAGAUGUUAGAAGACGGCUCUGAGAGAUUCCUCUGUGAAUCUGUUUUCAGCUAUCAAGUGGCAUCUACACUUAAACAGGUGAAACAUGAUCAGCAGGUUGCACGGAUGGAAAAGCUAGCUGGUUUGGUAGAAGAGCUGGAGGCAGAUGAGUGGCGGUUUAAACCUAUCGAGCAGCUGCUGGGGUUCACACCCUCUUCUGGUUGACUUUGCCUAGAUGGUCACCUGUGCUGCACAGCAAGUGCAGGACCAGCAAGGAACUUACAGCUUACAAAGCCAUCCAGAGAUUCACAGCUCCAUCACUGAAUUGUUAAUUCACAUCCAUACUUGGUUUCUCUUUAUCUGUCCACAAGCAGCAAAUACUUAAAUGUGUGAUCGUCUGGGGAAAAAUUUUGUUUGAUUUGUUUUAAAAAGUAUUGAGAAUCAGAUUAAGACAAUCGGCGUCAGAGAACCAAGAGGUUUGGGUUUAAAAGAUAUUUAUAAUACUUCACAAGCCAGGUACAACACAUGCCGGAAUUGGCCAACUGAAUGGUGUCUCUCCUGUCAUUUUUGCAGUGCCUGGAAUCCUCACCAGUCAAGAUUGAGGUCAGGACCUGGAGUUAUAAAAUACAGCAUUCUUUAACUAAAACAUCUUUUUGCAGAAGAAUGUGACUUCAACUCAGGACCUGUCCAAAUGAGAAAUUUUUAAAUGUCCAGGGGAUUUUCUAUUUUUAGACAUCUAAUUCUAUAGAUUCUAACUUUUUCUAACCUCUUCUAGACAUGCCAAAUUCUGGCAAAAAGAAUUGCUUUUUGAAUGUUGAAGCACUUAUAAAAAUAAAGCAGUGAACAAAAUCCUUUUAAACACAGAAAUCCUGAGUCAUCUUGUUGGUGGGCUCGGGCAAUUCUGUAGCAAAUAAAUCCUUUGAAAGAG